UGCAACAUCCUGUCUGUCUUGGUCGGGCUGCGGUGGGUCACCAAACGGAAUUACUGUGCCAAUAUUAUUUAGAUUUGUCAAACGGGAUUAAGUAUAUUGGUGUAUUUAAACCUAGGAACCUGAAAAAGGGGGAAGAUGCAGGAUGACCCACGCUACCUCAAACGGAGAGUGACGGCAAACAGCUUGGAUGUCCAUCCCACAGAGAAGGCCCUGGUGGUCCACUAUGAAGUGGAGGCCUCCAUUCUGGGAGAGGGCGGAGGUCAGAUGCUGGGUGAACGCAAAGAGGGACAAAAAAUUAUUCGUGUGAAAAGCCUUUCCCCCAGUACAGACGUGGGAGCGCUGGCCAAGAAAGUGUUGGAGGAGUGUAAACUCAUUCCUUCUUCACGUUUGCCCCAGGUGGAGCAGCUUCUCUAUUAUCUUCAGACUAGGAAAACAUCUCCCGUUGAAGGCAAAGGAGUGGAAAAGAAAGAGAAAAAAACCGUGAAGCCCAGAGAGCUGACUCCAUUUGAAGGGAUGGAGCUGAAUGAAGAGGCCAGUAUAACCAAAGUUGAUGAGUAUGUGGAGCUCCUCUAUGAAGGCAUUCCAGAGAAGAUCAGAGGCUCUGCUCUCAUUCUGCAACUCGCUCGCAACCCUGAUAACCUGGAGGAUCUCCUGCACAACGAGGCAGCUUUAGGUGCUCUGGCCAGAGUCCUGAGGGAGGACUGGAAACAAAGUGUAGAGCUGGCUACGAUCAUCAUUUAUAUCUUCUUCUGCUUCUCCAGUUUCUCACAGUUUCACGGAGUGGUGAGUCACUACAAAAUCGGCGCGCUGUGUAUGAGCGUCGUAGAACACGAGCUGAAGAGGCACGAUGUGUGGCGUGAGGAGCUACGCAAGAAAAACAAAGCUUGUGAGUCUGCACCUGAGAAUGGCUCUCUGAGAAGAGACCAGGAUAAAGCUCAGAGGAAGUACCAGGGUCUUCUGGCCAAGCAGGAGCAGCUGCUGAGAGUGUCUUUGUACCUCCUGCUGAACCUUGCUGAAGACACACGGACUGAGCUGAAAAUGAGAAAUAAAAACAUCGUGGGCCUUCUGGUCAAAGUUCUGGAACGGGACGACGAGGAGCUGCUGGUCCUGGUGGUGUCAUUCCUCAAAAAACUGUCCAUCUUCCUGGAGAACAAGAACGACAUGGCUGAGGUGGAUACUGUGGAGCGAUUGGCUCGUCUGAUUCCCUGCGAACACGAAGACUUGCUGAACCUGACACUGCGUCUGCUGCUCAACCUCUCCUUCGAUUCUGGACUCAGAGCCAAGAUGGUGGAAGUUGGACUUUUGCCUAAACUGACAGCUUUGUUAGGUGAUGAGAGCAACCGUCAGGUGGCCAUGAGGAUCCUGUAUCACAUCAGCAUCGAUGACCGCUUCAAGGGCAUGUUUGUUUACACUGACUGCAUACCUCAGCUCAUGCAGAUGUUGUACGAGCACGGUGAGGACGAAAUCGAAGCUGAGCUCAUCUCCGUCUGCAUCAACCUGGCCGCAAACAAGAGGAACGCACAGCUCAUGUGUGAAGGAAAUGGACUGAAGAUGCUGAUGAAGAGAGCUCUGAAGAUGAAAGACUGCCUUCUCAUGAAGAUGAUCAGAAAUAUCUCUCAACACGAUGGACCAACCAAAUCACUCUUCAUAGACUAUGUUGGAGACCUGGCAGCAGAGAUUCGAUCAGAGGAGGAGGAGGAGUGGGUUUUGGAGUGUCUGGGAACGCUGGCCAACCUCACGAUCCCUGAUCUGGACUGGGAGCUGGUGCUGAAGGAGUAUAACCUGGUGCCCUACCUGAAGGACAGACUCAAACCAGGGUCAGCGGAGGACGAUCUCAUCCUGGAGGUGGUGAUCAUGAUUGGAACGGUCUCCAUGGACGAUGCCUGUGCUGCCAUGCUGGCGAAAUCGGGGAUCAUCCCUGCUCUCAUUGAGCUGCUGAAUGCCCAGCAGGAGGACGAUGAGUUUGUGUGUCAGAUCGUCUACGUCUUCUAUCAGAUGGUGUUUCAUCAAGCCACGCGAGAUGUCAUUAUCAAAGACACCCAGGCUCCGGCGUAUCUGAUAGAUCUGAUGCACGAUAAGAAUGCAGAGAUCAGGAAAGUGUGCGACAACACCCUCGACAUCAUAGCAGAGUACGACGAGGAGUGGGGAAGGAAGAUCCAGUCCGAGAAGUUCCGGUUCCAUAACAAUCAGUGGUUGGAGAUGGUGGAGAGCCGGCAGGCCGACGAGUCCGAGCCGUACCUGUACGAUAACGACAAUGACAACGACAGGACGGAUCUGUUCUACAGCGCAGAUGGGAUAACUCCAGGAGACGGUUCAGUGAGUCCGGACUUCUUCAGUGACCUCCAGGCUCAGAAUGGAGACUUGCACCACCCGGGUGACGUCUUCGAUCAGACGACUGCGUCACCCGGACGACCCGUAACCGCGUACGGCUUCAGACCGGACGAACAGCCCUUCUAUCAGUACUCAUAGACACAAACACACAACUUCAGACGCGUUCAAUAUCCCACCAUCCAGCAUGUCAUGUUUUUCCAGCUCCAGUCCAGACUGUUGUAAUAAGUAAUACAGAUGAGCACUGAUGUACAAAACACUGCAGGUCAUUACUUCUGUUCAAACGCACACCGGUAGGUAGGUAGUGCUUUCACUAAAGGAUUGAAAGGAUGCAAACAGACUCGACAUUUCUGGUAUUUGUGAAGAACAUUUGCAUGUUUGUGAAAAGGAAGAUAUGUUACCACUUUAUAGCUAAAGUAAAACCACCCACUACAUUGUCAAAACAUUUAAGGUGUCCACAUUCCACUGUUGUUUCAUCACCAUGCACUACACUGUAUGUUUUUCGUCAUGGUUAAAUGAGCGUGUUGCUACAACAGAGGGCGAAUUCACAUUCAUGCAGACCAAGACGUUGCUCCAUAAACGUCCAAACUGACAUCGCAGAAUGAGAUGACUACUAAAUUGUGGAUGAAAAUAAUAAAAAAUGUCAAAGUUUGCACUGAUAAAGAAUUUUGUCAGCAGUCCAGCAAGCUGAAUGCUAACAUCAUGGUUUCUUUUAUUCAAGUGAAGCCGCAGCUUUCAAAUGCAUUAAAGUAGACGUCCAGUGGCUUUUUCCACGAGCUUCACGUGUCUAAUAGUUGGUGUUUUUAGAGGUGUGUGUCUGUUUCUACAAGCAGGAAGUGUUUGUAUUUAAAUAUUCUCCACUCGAAGGCAGAAGAGAAUCACUGCACUGGAUUUCUUUCUGUUCGGUAGUUAUUCCCAACACUGGAGCAGAGAUGCUCAGCCUCCUGCUGUAGGCCUCAUCUGGAACACUUCGACUGCAUCCGCCGGCCAUAUUCAGGAGAAAUGCCUGAAAUGAACAAAUUGAUUUGUGUAACGUGUGACGGAUAUAAAAUGCCUCGUCAAAAUAACUGUCGUGACGCAAAUGGAAGCUGUAUUGUGGUAUUCAGGUUGUAAACUUCUUGAUGGCUAAACAUACAGAACUGCUUCAAAAGUUGUUUACAGAUAUCUUUGUUGAAUGUGAAUUUUUUUUUUUUCCAGCAUGUAGAAAAACUUAUUUCAUAAAGAUCUAUGAUGGUAAAUUAUUGCACUUACAACUUGCUUUUUUGCUCUGAAAAAUAAAGUC